AUGACAGGAAACGAGGGUGUGAUAAAUUUGACCAGGAAAGCAAUCGAGGAACAUUGGCAAGCAUCGGAUGUCAGUGAUACCGAAGCCGAAUACGCCAUUCAUUCCGUAGACGGGACCCUGGGCUACCCGCAAUCAGGGGAGCGUUUCAAAGGUCGUGCGACAAUUUCUGCACAGCGAGGUGGACACCCUGCUGACCAGCGUUUUGCGGUGCUACGGAUCUCAGGCGACGGCUAUCUGGGUGAGCGAGUGCAUCAUCACCUAUGA